UACCAGAGUCAUCGCAAGUCAGUCACUUUUCUGCACCUCCAUUCAACGCCAGACCCACCCUUUGGACGACUUACCGUCGACAAAAAUGUCUCCCCAACUACUCUGGCUUCGUUGCGAAACAAAGGAGUUUGAGCGUCGUGCCGCGCUGACACCUACGACCUCCAAGAAACUGAUCGACGCUGGAUUCGAUAUCUAUGUCGAGCGGGACGAACAGAGGAUCUUUGACGAUGCGGAAUUCGAGGCUGUUGGCUGCAAGCUCGUCGCGAACAACUCCUGGCCCAGUGCGCCCACCGACAUCCCCAUCAUUGGGCUGAAGGAACUGCCCGAAUCGGACGCGCCCCUCCCCCACACUCACAUCCAGUUCGCGCACUGCUACAAGCGUCAGGCAGGCUGGUCAUCUAUCCUCGCGCGCUUCUACAAGGGCAAGGGCACGCUAUACGAUCUCGAAUUCCUCACGGACGACAGCGGUCGGCGAGUCGCUGCCUUCGGAUUUCAUGCCGGCUUUGCGGGCGCCGCCGCGGGUGCGCUCGCAUGCGCAGCACAGAAGAACGGCAAGGCCCUCGGCCAGCUGGAGCCAUAUGCCAACGAGGCAGCGAUGGUCGAGGCAGUGAAGCAGGCACUGGGCGGGACCGGAAAGGGUGUAAAGGCUCUGGUUAUCGGAGCGCUUGGCCGCUGCGGACGAGGAGCAGUCGACCUCUUCAGGAAGAUCGGUCUGGACGAGGACGACAUCGUCAAGUGGGAUAUGGCAGAGACGGCUAAGGGAGGCCCGUUCCAGGAGAUUCUGGACGUCGAUAUCUUCGUCAACUGCAUCUAUCUCAGCUCGCCGAUCCCGCACUUCCUCACCCGAGAGCAACUCCAGGCCGCCGGCAAGAGCAGGCAGCUCUCGGUGGUUGUAGACGUGAGCUGCGAUACUACCAACCCUCACAACCCGAUCCCUGUAUACAGCAUCAACACGACGUUCUCGAAGCCGACGGUGCCUGUAGACGUUGGGCCUGAAAACCCGCCGCUGUCCGUGAUCUCGAUUGACCACCUGCCCACGCUGCUGCCGCGGGAGGCGUCAGAGCAAUUCAGUUCAGAUUUGCUGCCGUCACUGCUAGAACUGCCGAAUCGCAAGACUGCGCGAGUCUGGGUGGACGCGGAGAAACUGUUCCAGGAAAAGCUGGCCGAGGCUGUCAAGGCAGAGGGGCUGGCAUAGCCCGGGUGCAGGUCGCGAUGCGUUGUGCGUGCGGUUGACCGAGCGCGAAAAAGUAGAUAGAAGCCAGCAGGAGUGUACUCAGGAGCGUCAUGCGGCGCUGACGGAAUGCAACAGAUCCAGAUCAGGCAUGCGAUGGAUGAGACGGACGCAGGGCAGCGGCGGGCUGUACUUGAGUGUUUGACACAUUGACGGCGCGCGGAUAGACGCCUGGGUGUGGCAGCGGGGCGGCUGGGACACGUCGAGUGCACCUGCGAGCUGCGCACGGCGGCCAGGGCGUGUGCGCGGUGUGAGGGCCGCAUUGGAGCCGUGUGCAGACUGGGCAGCUGCGCGAGGAGGACGGGAGAGAGCUCGUGGACGCGGUUGCUAAGGCGGAGGCUUACAAGGCGGUGGUGGAUAGACGCGUAUAAGGCGUGCUGCGGACAUCUCUGUUCUCCAUCUUCGU